UCACAACAUUCUGUUUCUAAGCGAGAUGCUCUUGUCACUCAGGAGUCACUAGCCAAUCAGGGCCUCCAGGUGGACUGCCCCUCAGAAUAGGGCGAGCGCUUCCAGUCCGCCAUGCUGCAGGUAUCAGAAGCCCAGGCUUGAGGGAAUCUGUGUUGCCUGUGCUGUGCUGUGACACGCUGCCGAGAGCCGUGAGGAGAGCGGCUAAGCUCGGAAUCCGCCAUGUCAUGGACAAUCUCCUGUGCCAUCAUACAAGAGGGUAGCCUCAACCAUGUCAUGGUAUACUGAAACCUGUGAAGGAAGGGCAGGAACUCUACAUUUAAUGUCUUUGACUCCUGGGGCAACCUGGUCCAGGGGAUUACAGUUAAGAGAAUAUAUGAAUCUCAGAAGAGACUUUGAACUUUGGAUUUUUAAACAAGUUUGAGACUGUUAUGACUUUAGGGACUUUUGAAGUUGAAGAACUGGCACUAUUAGGAGGUAUGGCCUUGCUGGAAUAGAUGUGGCCUUGGCGGAGGAAGUGAGUCACUGUGGAAGUGGGCUUAGAGAUCUGUGUGUCUCAGUGUCCUGCUGCUGCGUGUGGAUCAAGAUAUAGAAGAAGUCUAUGCAACUUCUCCAUCACCCUGUCUGCUUGUAUACCAGCAUGCUUCUUGCCAUGAUGAUAAUGGACUAAACCUAUAAACUAUAAGGCAGUUCCAAUGAAAUGUUUUCCUUUAUGAGAGUUGACAUGGUUGUGGUAUCUCACAGCAAUAAAAUCCUAACAAAGACACCUGUGGACCUGGAAUAUCUCAGUUUAUGUACCCCCCUAGCAGUCACCUGACUACUGCACACAUCUUUCCUCCAAGGGGCUCUAAAACCCCUGUUAUCUACCCUUCAGUCUGGUCUCUGGCAACUCUGGCAUCUCCAGAAAUGAUGUGGUGACCUAUGAGGAUGUGCAUGUGAACUUCACUCCUGAAGAGUGGGCUUUGCUGGAUCCUUCCCAGAAGAGUCUCUACAAAAAUGUGAUGCUGGAAACCUAUUGGAACCUCAUUUCUAUAGGAUUCAAAUGGAAAGACCAUAAUAUUGAAGAACAUUGUCAGAGCUCUAGAAGAAAUGGAAGAUAUGUCAUCUGUCAUUCUGGAUACAAGGCGUGUGAGCAUAAGGGACAUGCAAAGAAGCAUUGUACUUCUGUCUUUCGCAGAAAAGUUGGAAGAUGUGUAGUAGUCCCCUCUAUGAGAAGACAUGAUGACUGUGAUACAAGUUUACAAUUAAUUGGUUUUUCAACUUCAGGGGGAAUUCAUCAACAAACUCACAUUGAAGAAAAACCUUAUAAGUACCAGGAAUAUGGAAAUACAUCUCUCUGUACUGGUUCACUGUGCACAUGUAGUGUGGCUCACAGUAUAAGAAAAUGUUAUGAAUGCAAUCAGUGUGGUCACAUUCUCAGUUCUUCAAGUUCUCUUCAAAGAUGUGAAAAAACUCAUGUGGGAAGAGAAAAUAAUAAAUGUGAGUCAUCUACUAAAGGCUUUAGGCUUGACAGGCAUCGUCAAACACACCAAAGAACCAAUAACGAAGAGGCUCUCUAUGAAUGUAAUCAACAUGAUAAAGUCUUUAGAUCUGACUCCUCUUUAAAAGUACACCGAAGAACUCAUUUAGAAGGAAAACUCUAUGAAUCUAAUCAAAGUUAUAAAGCCUUUGAAUGUCACAGUCUUCAUCAAGUACAUAGAAUUCAAGCUAAAGAGAAAAAGUAUGAAUACUCUCAAUGUGAUAAAUCCUUUGAAUGUCCCACUAAUCUUCAAAUAUAUAAUAGAAGUCAUACUGGAGAGAAAUCUUAUGAAUGUAAUCAAUGUGGCAAAGCCUUUGCAUAUAACAGUCAUCUUCUCACUCAUCUAAGAAGUCAUACUGGAGAGAAACCCUAUGAAUGUAAUCACUGUGGUAAAGCCUUUGCACGGAAGAAGAAUCUUCUCUGUCAUGAAAAAAGUCAUACUGGAGAGAAACCCUAUAAAUGUAAUCAAUGUGGUAAAACCUUUGCAGAGAAGUAUAUGCUUCUCAGUCAUGAAAGAAUUCAUACUGGAGAGAAACCCUAUAAAUGUAGUCAAUGUGAUAAAGCCUUUUCAAGGAAGAGUAAUCUUCUCAACCAUGAAAGAAUUCAUGCUGGAGAGAAACCCUAUGAAUGUAAUCACUGUGGUAAAGCCUUUGCACAGAAGAGUAAUCUUCUCAUUCAUGAAAGAAUUCAUACUGGAGAGAGACCCUAUGAAUGUAAUCUAUGUGAUAAAGCCUAUGUAUCGAAGAGUAGUCUUCACAGUCAUGCAAGAAGUCAUAAUGGAGAGAGACCCUAUGAAUGUAAGCAAUGUGGUAAAACUUUUGUACAGAAGAAUAGUCUCCAAAUUCAUGAAAGAAUUCAUACUGGAGAGAAACCCUAUGAAUGUAAUCAGUGUGGUAAAGCCUUUGUCCAGAAAAGUACUCUUCACAGUCAUGAAAUAAUUCAUACUGAUAAGAAACCCUAUGAAUGCAGUGAAUGUGGUAAAACCUUUGCAGAGAAGAAGAAUCUUCUUGGUCAUGAAAGAAAUCAUACUGGAGAGAAACCUUAUGAAUGCAAUCAAUGUGGUAAAGCCUUUGCACUGAAGAAAUAUCUUCUCAGCCAUGAAAGAAUUCAUAGUGGACAGAAACCCUAUGAAUGUAAUCAGUGUGGUAAAGCGUUUGCAACAAAGGGUUAUCUUCUUAAUCACAAAAGAAUUCAUACUAGAUAGUACCAUAUGGAUGUAAUCAAUAUGGUAAUAAGAUGUGAGCUGCCAUGUGAGUGCUAGAAACUGAACUGUGUUUUCUACAAGAGGUACUUGCUGGAGUCCAAUCCAUAGGGGUUCAGGUCCCAAAGAGGAAAUUGGUUGUCACCAAAAGGAGACUGCCAUGAUCUGAGCAUGAGUCAGCAUAGCUGCUGCUUUAUUGAAAAAGUACUACACCUAUUCUAUGCUAUAACUGAAUAUUAGUUUAGACUCAAGCAAGAUUGUAAGCAGACUUAAUGAUUCCAGGAUAAAAGCAGGCAUCAACCUCAUCACAGCAUUUUUCCUGAGACAAAAAGUGAUAGUUCCACCAAGUAUCUAAAGGCCUUUCUGGAUGUGAGCCCAUUGUUUCCUUUUGUAGUGUGCUCUUAUCCCUGGGACCAGGUAUAUCCAGUUAGUGCAUCUUUAAGUUCUCUGUUCUUGGUAAUCAGGGGAACAAAAUGGGCAUUCUUGUGUGAGAGUAGGCAUAUUUAUCAUGCUAUGUGAUUCCAUGGUGAUGGGGAUUUUUCAAUAAUUUUUUUUUGAAGAGACUGCCUAUGUAUACAUUCCUAUCCUCUACUGAAGCCCACAAAAAAUAUUUCCCACAGAAAAAUGCAUAAGGAGACUUCAUAAUAUAUAAUGGGAAUUAUUAAAUAAAUUAAAUUAUUGAAUAAAUUAUUAAAUAAAGGUAAAGGUGCUGGUGAAUUAAAAGAUCUGCAAUGUCAAUAUGCUCGUACUUGGCCAAACAGCAAUGGUUACCGUGCAGUCCACGCCAGGUACUAAACUGCUAUACCAUCUCUUGGCCCUUUAUAUUUCUUUUUAGAUUCAGCUUAUUCUUUGUGAGUGCACAUGCAUAGUGUAGUUUGAAAUCAGAUAACAGCCUAUGGUACCCAGUCCUUCCUUUCUACCAUUUGGAUCCUAAGGACCAAACCAGGUCCAUGAGUAUUGGCUGCAAGCACCUUUACCUGCGGAGGCAUGCCAUGAUUUCCAUUGAGCCCUGAUAUUUUUUUGUUAAUCAUUGUUUUGUGAGGUUUUUUUUUUUUUUUUUUUUAGAACAGUUUUGUGGCAUCAUUCCCGCUGGACUAUACCUGACCUUACUCCAGACAGUUGGCACAUACCCCUAAUCCAUCUUUUGUUUCUUGGUUACCUUUUGUUUCUCUUUUUGCCAUCUACGUGAAUCUUGUCUGAGAGUCUCCCGAGGGUACAAGCCUAUGGAAAAACUUGGUUCAGGAAAGCCGGAAAACUGAUGAAUCGAGGAAUUUCCACUUGGCAUUGUAUUGCUGUGAGCUUCUUUCAGGUUGUUUUGAACAUAUGGAAAUCAACUGGCUAAAGUGUAAGUAUUGAGAAAAAUAAAAAUGCCCUGGGUAAAGGGAAAGUGCUCCAAUCCUGAAAGGCUGGAUCCCCCUGCAGCUGUGAAAGGCUAGAUUAAUUCUUAAGUGCCUCUGAGUUUUCAUUCAGUGGUCCAAUCCCGGGUGCACCCACACACCCUCACCUUGACAAUUGGUGCCCAACAUGACAUUGACCCCUGUUGUGUGGCUUGAAGAAGGACAAAUGAUCUGCUGAAGAAGGACAGAGGAGCUGGCCAUCUUAACAGGAAGCGCCCUCAGGGUAAGGGGACUCGACAAUCUGCAGGGUCAUGGAGAAUUUAAACUCCCCAUCUCAGGAGCAACAAAAUGUAUAGUUGCUAAAGUGCUUGUCAAAAGAAAAAGUGGUAACUAUACAAUUUUUAAAGCUAGAAAUAGAAUGAUUCCUAAGACAGGAAGUAAAUCAGAGAAAAAGACCUUUAUCAAUACAGAAAAGGGAAAGAAAAAAAGAAAAUCCUUCCCAGUAGAGAAGAGGGAAGGAAAGGAAAUAAAAGGAAAGUUCGCAAUAGAAAAGGGUGAAAUGGUUAAUCAAGAUGAAAAAUAUUGAAACCAGGCUUAAAGAUUAAAAGGCCCCAUAAAAGAAAAAUAAAGUAAAAAGCCUCUUCCCAGUAGAGAGGAAGAAAUAGCUCUUUCCAAUAUAAGAAAUUGAGGAUAGCUAAAACUCUGAGCUCUUUCUGCCUGUCAGCUCUUUCACAGAUCUGCCUGCCAGCACAGAGUGGCAGCAUCUGAAUUACAAAAAAUCAACAGAUGAGGCUUCACUGCUGCAGCCUGAACAAGCACAGCAAACCCAGAGCUUAGAAUUGUGUUGUCUGUUUGCUUAACUUUGGUUUAUAUGUUUUUUUAUUUUUCUCUCAGACCAGGAAUAAUUCUCUAUUAAAGAUCCUUUCAUGGGAAAUGUUUUCUGUUUUUCCCUAAUGGUGGGAAUAACUCACUAUUAGUAGUCCCUUCAUGGGAGAAAGAGGAAGUUUAAACGGGCCCAACUUCUGGUGAGAACAGUUGUGGUCAGGACAUGGAAUGCUAAGUUGAUGGUGUUUGAUUUCCCAGAGAUAUUAAUCAUUCAGUGUAUAGAGGAUGUUCUCUUCUUUUGAUUGUCUAAUAAGUGUUUGGAUGAAUGUUUGAUUUUCAUGGUAGAUAAACUAAAGGAACAGGAUUCGUAAUUUUAAACUAUAUAUUGGAUAUGCACUUGUCUGUUUAUCAUUACUGAGAGUUUGGUUCUGCUCUUUAAGUUUCUUUCUAGAAAUUCUUGGUUAAAUUCUUUAAAAUAUUAAAACCUGAAACAGAUUGAGUUGUUAGCUUAUUAAAUAAUGUGGUUGCUAGGAUAAAAACUCAUAGAAAAUAAUCUCUUACUGAUAAAGAGCUUUUAAAAUUAUUUAUCCACUAAACAAAAUACAGGUAAAUUGUUUGAUCCACACUGUUAAUUAUUGGCAAGUUGCAUUAAUGUGUUACUUGGGAUCUAUUAAAAAAGGAUCCUCUUUUUAAGAUUUUAUAAAAGUACUCUUAAAAUUCUAUAGAGAUUGUCUUUAAUGCUAUUAUAGAUAGCUUAUGUAAAAAAAAAAGACUAUGCAGAUAAAGACUGGUGAUAGAAUUGGUCAAUUAUUAUUGCUUCCAUAUCUUAAAGGCAAAGUGGCAACUAUAUAUAGAACUGGAGGCUUUGGAAGUACAGGAAAAAAAGGUGUGUUGGCAAACAGUCAUCAAUGAUAAAAGGUCUAAAUUAAAAGCAAAAUUAAAUGGGAUUGAAAUUGAAGGAUUAUUGGAUUCUGAUGUGUCUGUAAUUUCACAAGAAUCCUGGGAUCCCAACUGGCCUUUACAAGAAAUCUCCACUCAAUUUGUAGGCAUUGCAACCUUAUCUCAAGUAAAAAAAGAGUGUAGAGUGGAUUAAAUGUGUAGGACCUGAAGGACAAGUAGAAAUGUUAAAGCUUUAUGUGGCUGAUAUAGCCAUGAAUUUAUGGGGGAGAGAUUUGUUACAACAAUGGGAAGCUCAAAUUAAUAUUCCUACAAUUUCUGAAGUAGCUUUUAAAGUGAUGUUUAAAAUCGGGGUAUAUUCCUGGAAAGAGUAUUGGGAAGAAUUAUAAGUGAAAGUCACAGGCUAAGGAAUUCAUAAACUGUCCUGCUUGUUCUUUUUAUAAUCAAGUUCCUUUACCUGCACAUCUCAUCCUAAAGGUACACAAAGGAAUGAAAUUUGGCAAAUGGAUGUAUUCCAUUUAGUAGAUUUUUGAAAAUUAAAAUAUGUUCAUAAUAUCAUUGACACUUAUUCUGGGUUCCAAUGGACAUCUCCCUUAAGUUCUGAAAAGGCAGAUUCUAUAAUUACACAUGUUUAUUAGAAACAAUGGUUGUAAUAAACAUACAGCACAAAUUAAGACUGAUAAUGCCCCAGCUUAUUUUUCCAGUAAUAUAAAACUUUUUUUUUUUUUUUUUUUUUUUUUUUGCGUGUUACAACAUAAACCAUGUUACUGGGAUACCAUAUAGGACAAGCAAUUGUUGAAAGAUCUAAUCACACUAUAAAAUAGAUGCUAAACAGAAGGGGAAUAUGAGGACCAUCAGGAAUAGACUGCAUAAUUAAUGCUUUACUAACUUUAAAUGUUUUUAAACGCUAAUGAAACAGGAACAACAGUGAGUUAUGAAAAGAAUUCCUGAAUCAAGUAGGCCCAUGUAUUAUAAAUGUUUUAACAUCAAAAUAGUUCAGCGAAUGUGGAGGCAAUAUUAAGGCCUAGACUUGACUUUACAGACUCCAUCUUAGGGAAGGACCACCAUCUUAGACCACCUGGUGACUGGAGGCUGUACUCAGUUCCAGGAAGAUUCUCAGGAAUGUGCCAUGACUACUUGAACAGAAAUCCUAGGAGCAUCCAAUUAAGAAAUUCAUCAGUAAAGUUUAAUAAGAUCAAGAUAGGCCCGCAGAUAUCCUGUCUGCAGAUUAUGGCCCUUACAGAUAUCCAGAUAAUCCUGUCAACAGAUUGUGGUUCCACACCAAAAGUCUAACCCAAUAGUUUCAAAUGUAGUUUUUCAUUGAAUGUCUAGACCAAUAGUUUCAAAAAAUCACCUUGUCCGAUAUUCCUUUUACCCAAUCUCAAAAUACCAAGGCAUGUAAUUCCCAGCUUGUGGUUUUUUCCUUUAAAAACCCUCCUACUCCUGAGCCCCUGGCUGCUGCCACAUUUGCCUCCAUCUGCUGAGUCAGAGCAUAGAGUGAUGGUCUGUGUUUGAACCUGAAAAUAAAAAGACCCAUGUGUGCUUGCAUCAGAAACCAGGUCCUUGGUGGUCUCUAGGGGAUGUGAGACAUGGGCAUAACAUUUGGUUCAUUGUCUGGGAACCCUCCCCUCCCCUGACUCUGGACUGGAGGGUCUGCCUGUCUGUCUUGUCUGUCUGUGUUUAGUUUUGUGCAUACCUAAGUCAGUGAUUGUGGUUGGGAAUGGUUAAGGUCAGACGUGCCAGAGAAUUGUGAUCACAAGGAGCUAGAUGUUUCAGACUCCUACAGUGGGGAUAGAGAGCCCCACAUCUGUUUGAUCUGUAUGGCAUUUGGACACACAAGUAUGUCGCUCCCACGUGGCAGCAAGCCAUCAUUCUGUUUGACCCUCUGCUUUCAGCCUCAUUGAGGCAAGCUUUUCUCUUGUGUCCUUGGUCUCCUGUGGUAUGUGUUUCUAUGUAUUUGUGUUUCUGACUGUGACAAACGAUAUAGGACAGACACUUCUCUGGACUUAUUCUUAACUUAUUACUGAGAUGUUAACACACAUGCUCAUAAUCUUUUGGUUUUGAUUAAAAAGUCUAAACUUGUCACCUCUUGCAGAUCAGACUGGCUGGCACUCAGUAUUUGCUGGCCUCCCAAGGGAACCUUCCACCUGGCCCUUAUUGGGGCAGUGGAGGAGAUUGUCUUCAGACCACCAGUGGGGCACUCCAACCAAGCUCCCUACAUAGUGGCCUGGAGGGACCUGCUAGAGGACCCCCCUUCCUGAAUUAAACCAUUCUUGCCCCUACAGGUUAAGGUCAUGACUGCUGCUGAGAAAGACGUAGCCUCCAAGGCCCCUUCAGCUCCUAAGCCGGAGGUCCUUGAAGGAGACAACACAGAGGAAGAGAACUUUCCUCUGCCCCGCCUCCUGUUAUGCCCCCAAUCCUGGUGCAGCCAUCCCAAUACCAGCCCCCCUGUCAAUCCCGCUGGGUCCUCCUCCUCUGUCCCUGAAUGCUCCCUCCCCUGGGGUAAGAGAGGGACCGGGUCAUGGGAUGCAUAGUUGUAGGAGAGAUACCCCUGAUCCUGGCACAACAGUCCUUCACCUUAGGGCAGCAGAACCUCCCCACUAGGAUGGGAAUCAAAUCACACCACUACUGACCUUUUGCCAUGAGUGAUCUUUACAAUUGGAGAGCCCCAAAUGCAAUCUUCUCAGAAAAUUCUAAGGAACUGAUUACCUUCUUUGAAACAACUCUCUUCACCUACCUCCCCACAUGGGACGACUAUAGGCCGUUUUUUCAGCUCCACUUCAUGACGGAGGAGAGAGACCGCAUACAGACCAAGGCCCGGAAGCUGGUUACAAGUGCUACUGGAGAGCCUUCAGCUAACCAAGCUCUCAUAGAUGUGGCUUUCCCCUUGAUUCGCCUGGUGUGGUCUAUUGCCAGACUCUGUUGGCAGGUCUCAAGGCAGCCACAAAGCGACCUUCAAAUUUGAGUAGGGUCUACGAUGUUAGACGGAGCAGAUGAAAGCCCAGCAUCGUUCCUGGAGCACCUUCAGAAGGCCUUAAGAAGUUAUACGCCUUAUGAUUCUGAGUCCCAGGAUGUAGCAUGAAUCUUAGAGAGUCUUAUUAAUAAAAAUCAAACCUGAGGCAAGUUAUUGGGGUGAAAUGCUGGAUGGUCAGAGAGACAGAACAAGCCACAGUUAUCUCACCUUGCCAGAUCCUCAGCUGGCCUUGUUUCCUCAGAUUGGAAGCUUCUGUGUCCUCAUCCCAAUGGCUCUCAGCUGAACUGCUGCUAGAAGCCUGAAAGCUUAAGCAGCCAAAUGCCUAACCAGCUAAAUGCCUCUAGUUUCUGGUCCUCAUGCCUUAUAUAUCUUUCUGCUUUCUACCACCACUCCCUGGGAUUAAAGGCUUGCUUUCUGGGAUUAAAGGCAUGAGUCACCAUGCUUAGCUGUAUCCUUGAACACAUGGAUUUUUGCCUCUGGAAUGCUAGGAUUAAAGGCGUGUGCUACCACUGCCUAACUUCUAUGUUUAAUAUUGUGGCUGCUCUGUCUCUGACCCUAGAUAAGUUUAUUAGCAUGCACAAUAUUUGGGGGAAUACAAUACCACACCAGGAAAAUGCCCCUGCAAUGAUCCUGGCCUUCAUUAACCAGUCAGCUCCAGAUAUCAAGAGAAAGCUACGGCGGCUGAAACGCCCCAGAGAAAAAAGCAUUAGGGAUUGAGUAGAGGUGGCUGAGAAAGUGUAUAGUUGAAGAGAUAGUGAGGAGAAGAAGGAAAUCAAACGGGAGUGGUGCAAGAAUUGGCACCUCACUGCUGUGCUGCUGGCUGCUACUGCAGAACCAGAAGAGUGCCAAAGGAGACUGCAGUGCCUUGUGCUGGAGAGGAGAAUAAAAAAAAACAAAAACAAAAAACUGAGAGGGAAGAAAGAAAGGCCCCAGGUGGGAAAGAAUCAAUGAGCGUACUGUAAAUAGGUAGGGCACUGGGCCAAAGAAUGCUGCCAAAAGUCAACUAGGGUAACUAAAGUCCUUAGCCAGCAGAAUAUGGAUAGUGAUUAGGUGAGACAGGGUUCGGCCCCCUUCCCUGAGCCUAGGGUAACACUUAAGAGUGGAGGGGAGACCAAUUGACUUCAUGGUGGACACGGGAGUUCAGAACUCAGUGCUACUGAGGGCUAAGGACCCAUGACUGUGGACAAAAUUCUAAACGGUCUUAUUAAAUAAGAAACAGCCAAAUAUGGAGUUAAACCCCAAGAGAUCAGAGCACUAGCCAAGAGCCAAGACUACCUUUAGCUUACCACUCACUGCCGUCCUUCCCCUAAGAGAGAGACCUUCUUCCUUGUGAUAUUUUAAUUGUGCUGAAAUGUGAUUUUAUUUGUACGUUAAUAAAUAAAGUUUGCCUGGAGAUCAGAGGUCAUUAGCGAGCCAGGAAUAGAAGUGAGGUGGUGGUAGCCCAUGCCCUUAAUCCGAUCACAUGGCAGGCAGAGUCUCUGUCUGGUCAAGGACACAGCCAAGCGUGGUGACCCCUGAGUCUUUAAUCCCAGUACCAACCAUAGAGACCAGGAGGUCUGUAUAGACAGGCAGUGACAAGGAAGUCAUGUGGCUGGGCUUAGAGCCAAUGAGAAGGCAGAACAGGAAAGCAAUAAAACAAGACACAGGAAGAAAGUCUCUCGGGAAGGAUGACAGCGAGUGGUAAGCUAAAGGUUGUCUUGGCUCUUUGCUAGUGCUCUGAUCUCUUGGGCUUUAACUCUGAAAAAAAAUUUCUGGGCUACAUGCUGCUUUGAUGGAAGCAUAGACCCACUGCUUCCCAGAGUUGGUGGGAGUAUGGUUCCCAGAGCUGGCUGUAAACAUAGUUUUGUGAUGUUGGGAAGCUAAGGUGGGCGGAAAUGCUGCAGUUUAAAGCAGUAGAUUCACAAUAAGACAAAUUCAGAUGGGAUAAACCUCUAAAUGGUUUACAAUGUGUGUAAAAAUGUACAUAGACUUGGAAGAGAAAAAACUAAUAUAUGCAGUUAUAUAUAGAAAUAGAUAGUUUGAAAAAAUAAAGUCUUUAAAGAGAAAGUAAAAGUAAUAUAAAAACUAAGCCACGUAAAGAUGGAUAUCACACAGAGAAUCUGGAUUGUGUUGUCUUUGGGAUUUUUAACUACAGAGAGACAUUUGAUUGUAAAGGCUGCUGAGUUAAACCAAUAUGUAUAUUUUAAAGAUACCUUGACUUCAAAAUUUGGAUGUAAGGAUAUGUUGCUUUGGAAAGGAGGCUCUGCUUUUGUUUCCACAGAAAGCAAGAGGCUAUGGAUUUGUUCCAGAUUAAGAUACAUCAGGUUUGACCAGCCAAGACCCCCUGAAAGGUCUCCGAUGACACCAUGGCCCAGAUGAUCCAACAUCCAGAACAGUUUCAAGGCAACUGGCUCAGACAAUACAGCCUCACGGACUACCUAAAAUAAAAUCCUAAAAUUUUCUUCAUGUCCUCAUAAGAAUACAGCACCCUCAUCCAGCAGGAAGUAGUAUGAAAAGCUACACCCAAAUUCCCAAAUAUACCAAGCUGGCUUUGGAGAUGGAAUUGGCUCACUCCUUCUCUAAACCCAAGCAUAUUUGCUAAAAAAAAAUAAAUAAAUAAAAAAAAAAAAAGUUGAUCAGAAGACCCUCUAGUGUGCGACAGAGAAAAAACAAUAUUUUUAUUUAAAGCAGGGUGAUUAUAAAUGCAAUCUCUUUCUAAAGAAGAAAAGGGGAUAGUAUAGACAUGGAAGGAUGAAAGGGUAUAUUAACGAACCUACAUUUAGAGAAUAGCAACUUGUUUAGAAAUGUUUUACAUUGCUAUGGAUUUUUAUUGAUACAAGUUUAAACUUAAUUUUGUUAUACUGUAUAUAUAUUUCUACUCUUGUUUGAGAUAUUAUGGUUAUGUAACUCAUUUAGAUUGUAAUGGAUAACUAAAAAAUACAGAUUAAUAACUAGUCUUCUACGAUAGUCAAACUUACAGUCAUGUUAAGUUUUUUAGGUAUACAUAGAUAUAAUUCAAUUAGGUAGGUAAUCUUCAAACACUUCAAAGACCUACAGAAUAUGGCAUUUAAAAUGUUUUAAAAAUUUAGACUUUCUGGACAGUGAGACAUGUCUGCUCCUGGCUGCACUAAUUUACUUCAGAGAGGAGGAUGGGCAUCGAAGACACUCUAUAUAGAGUUUAUCUUCUUGACAAAAAUAGCCAUUUGGGCAAGAAACUUUUUCCCUGGACUUCUUGAUUGACUGGACAUGCAGGACUCAUAGGAAGGUGACCACUGAACUUUGCUUGACAAUAUGGUCCUUCAGGUUCCUGCUUCACAGAGGAAACUUCCAGAAAUUCUACAGGGCACAGAGAGAAGUGACUGAGAGAUUCUAGGCCUGUGGGCUGAAGACAGAUGCCCCAACUUUACAGAAGAACUUUGGAUGACUGUCCAGGCUGCCAACUGUCUCUGUCUACUCUUUCAAGACUCCCAAAAGUUGCUUGUAUCCUUCUCCCAUUUUGCAGGUAAUAGUAUAUCCUUCUGAGAUCUUUGAUGUAGUUGAAGACUAGAUAGUUAUAAUUUCCUUAGUUAUGAUAAAAGAUAAAUUAGAUAUAAAACCUUAGACUCACAAAUAUAAGAUAGUUAGGAUAUCUUCUUUAAUUUUGCCAAAUACAAAUAGACUAUAUAUUAUAACUGUAAUUCUUGCUUGAUAAUUGUUUUGUCAUGUGUAAUUUACUAUGUUAAAGUUAAAGCCUUUUUGAAAAAAAGAAAAGGGGAAGUGCUGUGGGAUGUCUGUAUGCUCUGAAUGUGUUACUCUGAUUGAUUGAUAAAUAAAAUGCUGAUUGGCCAGUAGCCAGGCAGGAAGUAUAGUGUAAGAGAUAUAAGGAGAGAAAAAAAUUCUGGGAAGUAGAAGGCUGUCAGGAGUAGCCAACCAGACACAGAGGAAGCCAGAUGUAGAAGUACCAGUAAGCCACAAGCCACGUGGCAACUUAGAGAUUAAUAGAAAUGGGUUAAUUUAAGAUAUAAGAACUAGAUAACAAAAAACCUGCCACGGCCAUACAGUUUAUUAUAAAGUA